UUAGGAAGCUUGGGUAAAACAAGAGCUCUUUUUCUUCUUUUUUUCACCUCUCAGCUUCUUCUUCUUCUUCUUCUUCUUCAUUGAGUCCUUUGCUUCUCGUGCUGUAAAUCUCUUCGAUAGUCUCCUGAUUCCACCGGACCGCUCCCGGAGCCGCCCAGAGUUUUGAUUUGAAGUUUGAGCUGAAAUGGAGAGGAACUCGGCAGCGUGUGUGAUGGAAUGGAGCAUUGAGCUAGAGAAGGCUUUGCGGUCUCCAAAGCCAGGCCGCUCGCUUGAAGCCAUAUCGGAAAUCGGUCCAAAAUUGGUACGGUUAAGCAGAGAACCAGAGUGUUCUCCAGUUAUCUACCACAUGUUCGACCUAAUUCCCGCUGAGGAGAAGCUCUUCUCCAAUGCUAUUGUUCUGCGUCUCGCAAGUGCGUUUGAAUCUGGGGAUAAGCACACAAGGCUCUGUGUUUUGAAGGCAUUUUUGUAUGAGUACCGGAAGAGAAACAAACGGAAAGAGUACAGAGGAGUUUUAUCGAAAACUGAGGCUCAUGUGCGGGUAGAGCUUCUGGGGAGAGUUAAGGUUGUGUUUGACAGUGGGGAUGUUGAAGAUAGGGCUUUGGCUUUGGGGUUAUUCGGCUGUUGGGCACAUUUUGCUAAAGAAAGUCCGAGCAUACGAUACCUGGUACUCUCUAGUAUGGUUUCGCCUCACAUUCUGGAGGUAAAAGCGUCCUUAUUUGCGGCAGGAUGCUUUGCUGAGUUAUCAGAGGACUUUGCACGGGUUGCCUUGGAGAUGCUGCUUCAUAUGAUGAAUUCACCAGAAACAUUGCCUGAUAUAAGGUUGGCUGGAGCACGCAUGUUUGCCAAAGUUGGAUUUUCACAUUCCAUUGCAAAUAAUGCUUACAAGACAGGUGUGAAGCUGUUAUUAGAGUGUUCGGACGAGGAUUAUCAGGUUGCCAUGCUGGUUUCCAUUUCCAAACUUGCUUCCAGGUCAACGAUUCUUACUUCUGAGCAUGCUGACUUGCUUGUAUUGUUUCUUAACAAAGAAAAAACUUUUCAUCUUCGGGGAACAGCACUAAGAUGCCUGCAAUAUAUUUUCAGUAAAGGAAUGUGUCAUGUUCCUUUAAACGCAUCUCUGGUGAACACAUUAGUUAGCAUGCUAGAUGAACCCCAACUCCCAUCACACAUGUUAUUUCAAGCACUGCAGACGUUGCGUAAGAUAAUUUUGCAUAUACAUCCUAAUCUGCCCUGUGAUGUCUUUGAAUCCUCUAAGCUGUUAAGCAUUGCUACGAAUGUAUCUGCAUCUCCAAUUACAUCAGAGAGCAUGUUAGCCCUUUCUGUUUUGGUAAAUAUAUCAAGAAAGUUAAAGGGAAGCACACAGAUGGAGUCCUUUGUGCAUUCAGAGUCUCAUCUCCCAUCUCGGGUGAUUUUGCUUAUCAUAGAUCAGAUCACUUUGACGGUGAAGCCAGUUUUGGUUCUUUGUCAGAUUGAUUCUGUAGUGCUUCUGAAAGUUAAUUUCCUUCUUGAUCUUCUUAUCAUUCUAAAUCGAGAAUAUCCAGAUUUACAUCUUCUAGUAUUGGAUCAAAUAUUUGGUUUAAUCAAGUCCAUCUCAAUUGUGCAUGACAAUGUCAUGGCUACAACAGACACAGAUGCCUUUGUUCAUGAUAAUGCAGAUUUAAAAGAGAGCUCAGUUAUCAGAUCGAAGCUAGUAUUUAGGAUUUACAGAUUUUUAAUAACCUUUCUGGAGAAUAUCAGUGAAGCUGAAGCCAUCUCCACAAAAGUAUUUGACAAGGUGAAGAUUCUGGUCGAACAUUUAUGCCAGAGUAACUUGUUUGAGUGCUAUGCAUACACAAUUUACUCUUUGCUGUUGCAACAUCAGUUCAUUUGGGGUCAGUUGGUGCAUGAGAGCGAGGGAAGUUGCAAUAGACUCUCGGAUAUAUCUCUUCAUAGUUACUCUGUUGGGCGUGAAACUCAUGUCAUUGAAUUUGCUAAGAGGAUGCUAACAGAAAAAAAUAGUUGGCCUGCUUACAGGGUCGGGACAUAUGCAGCAUGUCAGGGAGCUUGGCACACUGCGACUUUUAUAUUUGAGCAAUUGGUGAAAAGAGUUCGCUCUGAUCUGUGCUGUCGCUGGUUGAAAUCACUAGUUCAUUAUGCUCAUGGGGAGUGGAAAUGGGAGCUGCUUCGAUUGCCAAAACAAGGGUUAGAGACACGCAAAUUCCCUCUUACACUUUCCAUGGAUGAUUUAGGUGAAAUUGGUCAAGAUGCAGCUUGUAAUAUGAAGGGGCAUAUUUAUAGUAAAGAGCUGGCUGCAGCUUACAACAGUCUCUGCUCUUCUUUGGAAACAUUGAGAGUCGAUGUCACAACAGGCCAAAGGUUUUAUUUCCAGAGAUGGUUUUUGUCCUUAAGAGUAAAGUUACUAGGAGCUGUGGUGGAUAUACUUGAUAUUUUGAGAAACAUAAUAAAAAAUAGGCAGGGUCUGAAAAGUUCUAUGGUUGAAUACUUUAUUUUGUUGCAGAAGCUUACUCAGAUAUCUCUGCAGUUGAAGAGGGUGGCACAUGAAUUUGAUCUAGUUAGAACAUCUUUCAUUGACAUCGACAAGAAAAGUUCAAGUAUCAUUUCAGCGCUAGCAUUAAGUUGCUCUGUGUUGGCCUUUUGUUCUGGUUUUGCUCUCUACAUUCCAAGCCUAGCUAAUCGCGUUGCUAUGUGUGGUCAGGGAGUUGCAAACAAUAUAGACACAAUACUGAUACAAAAUCUAGUUGGGCGGUUGUGGCACAGUAACCAUGAAUCCAUUACAGAUCUCUGUCUGCUUUGGGAGGUGGGUGGAAAGCCUUUUGAUUGUUUUCACUUUCGAUCAGGAAUCCAAGCAUGUGAAAAUUGUUCCGAAGCAAGAGAUAUUCUCGGGGUCAGUAGUUAUGCGGUUUCAGGGUUUUCUGGCUUGAAAAGCAAGUCUAACAGAGUGCAGAAUGAGGAAGGUCUCUCUGAAGUAACCAAGGAUGGCCUGCGACUUCUGCUUGAAAUUCUUAUGAAAUGGAUGCAGAUCCCUUUCCGGACUCCCAAGUACUUCUUCAACCUGAGGCCCUGCCUUGGGUCAGAACUCUUUGCUGUCAACGAAACUAGAAACCAAGAUGGAAUAUCUGUUUCAUUAGGCUUCCACUUGUCAUUAAAUCUCUGCCUUCAAUUAAGAAAUGCGCCACCAGACAUCCCAGUGCGGUUUAACAAAUUCUACUGCAUGCUCUAUUGUAAACUAUCCUUUGUGGAGCCAAGAUCAAGUGGAGAACACAAGGAGCAAGAGCUGGGUACUUAUCAAGCUUGGGAAACCGAUGACAUGGUAGAAGUUAAUGAAAAGCUGUUGAAGUAUGCAACCGAAUGCAGAACAAGAAAGAGUAAUAAGCGUGGAAGGAGUAGUGAUGAUGAGGACUUUGUGCAUUCAUUCGUUUGUUUUGAACUGAAUGACAGAGGACAAGGGUUCUCUAGUUGCUUGCUUGAUGUUUCUGGUUUUCCAGUAGGUUAUUAUAGAAUCAAAUGGUAUAGCUGUUGUUUUGAUAAUCAGGGAGAGUGUUGGACCCUCCCCCCUUUGAAUCCUGGACCUGUAUUUACUGUACAGAGUUUGUAGAUUGAAUAUUUAAGGUACCAUUUCCAGCAUGUAAAUCUCUCUUCCAAUCUACAUGAAGUCAUGAAGAAGAUUUAUCUUGUUCUUUUUAUUUA